AAGAAGGGGGCUGAGGGCUUUUCAAAGAGCCAUUAAAAGAGUUGAUGGGGUGGUUUUCUGGAUCCUCUAUAGCAGCUUGGAGUCCUCAAUCUACUUAGAAGAGUGAUUUAUUCUGAAGAAGUAGCUCGGGAGGGCAUUCAGAAAGUCCUUUGCACAGGGCUUCAUGGUCUGAGAUCUCCUUGGUGGGCCGAGGUCUGGUCCUGCACGGAGGUAGGGGAAUGGAUUGGUGACUCUCCAAGACCUUGCUGGUAUCAAGUUUCUGGGUGCCUUCGUGGCCAUAUGGAGGUGCCUGUGUGCGUCCAUAAGUGCGCCCGUGAGCGUUCUUGUGUGGUUGGUGGGAGGCGCGUGAGAGUGGCCUGCGAUGGGUGUGUCUGAAGCGCUGGGCUCCCGGCUGUGCCCACUGCGCCCACUUGUGGCUCCCAGGCACCAGCAGAAAGAAAUGUGCCUUUCCCAUCUCUUUCAGGGACGCCGCCCUAAAGGAGGAGUAAGGAAGCCUGGUGACUUGAGGGCGCCGUCUCCGGUCUCCCGAGUGAUGGCAGCGUGCGUUGCCUCGCCGCCUCCGCAUCUCAGCCCUGGACUACUUACGUCAGGGUAGCUGGGUACCCACUCAGCGCUGCAGCCAGUGAGCGGCGGGAGAGCAGAGCAGAACUCACCGCAGACACCCGGCACCCUCGCUGCACAAGGAGCCCCGCGGAGCCCCGCCGCACCCCGCGGAGCCGAGUCAGAGUCGCCGAGCCCACCCCUGACGCAGCAUCCUCACCCUGUGCCCCCGCCGGCCGGACCGUAGGGCACGGGGCUUGCCCUGUGCAUCCCCGCCAUGCGCGCUGAGCUUCUCGGCUCUCCGGGACAGCCCUAGCACAGUGAGCACCUGCGCCUGGGCUGGGGCACCACUAGCUGAAGUAGUUGAGCGUCCGGUGUAGGGGAUCACCACGUCGGAGGUGCGGCCAGGACCCGCGGAGUCGGCCCCCGAGCGCGGGGAGCUGGGCCGCCCGCGCCGCCCAACCAUUACCUCCCCGGGCGGCAAGGCGGAGCUGGUGGCGGUCGCUUCCCGGCAGUGGCAGCGUCGGCGGCGUGCCUGCCUGGCGGCCGUCGGCGUGCUCCUGGCCAUGGCACUGGGGCUGCUCAUCGCGGUGCCACUGCUGCUGCAGGCGACAACCCCCGGAGCAGCACACUAUGAGAUGAUGGGCACCUGCCGCAUGAUCUGCGAUCCAUACAGCGCUGCACCGGGCGGGGGCCCUGCGGGCGCCAAGGCGUCGCCACCUGGACCCAGCACUGCUGCCCUAGAAGUCAUGCAAGACCUGAGCGCCAACCCUCCACCCCCUUUCAUUCAGGGACCCAAGGGCGACCCCGGGCGACCUGGCAAGCCCGGGCCGCGGGGGCCCCCUGGAGAGCCGGGCCCGCCUGGUCCCAGGGGUCCUCCAGGGGAGAAGGGCGACUCGGGGCGGCCCGGGCUGCCAGGGCUACAGCUUACAGCUGGAGCUUCAGGAGGUGACGGGGUGGUGGGUGGCGGAACCCGGGGCGGCGAUGAUUCCGAGGGCGAAGUGACCGGCGCUCUCAGCGCUGCCUUCAGUGGUCCAAAGAUAGCCUUCUACGUGGGUCUCAAGAGCCCCCACGAAGGCUACGAGGUGCUCAAGUUCGAUGACGUGGUUACCAAUCUCGGCAAUCACUAUGACCCCACUACCGGCAAGUUCAGCUGCCAGGUACGCGGCAUCUACUUCUUCACCUACCACAUCCUAAUGCGCGGCGGCGACGGCACCAGCAUGUGGGCAGACCUUUGCAAGAACGGGCAGGUCCGGGCCAGCGCUAUCGCGCAGGACGCUGACCAGAACUAUGACUACGCCAGUAACAGCGUGGUGCUUCACCUCGAUGCUGGGGACGAAGUGUAUGUGAAGCUGGAUGGCGGGAAGGCGCAUGGAGGAAAUAACAACAAGUACAGCACGUUCUCCGGCUUUCUUCUGUACCCGGACUAGAGUCGCAGUGAGCGCGAGGUGAGGUGGCUUCAGGCCGCCCCAUACUCAUGGGGGCGCGCUGUUCCCUAGCAAGGACCACUCUCGCUUCAUGACGGUUCUGAUAUCGCUGGAAAAGAUACAUUCCUGCUGUCCUCCCUGCCCCGCUCCCGUCCUCAGUGUGUCUGCGACUCACUGCGCUCUGGGCAGUGCUCCUGGUCCAUGUCCCCAACCUGGGGAGGGGGAGGGCAACGCCAACGUGGGGAGAUGAGCGUGACCUGAACUCCAGAGGCGGUGGACAGUGGCAGGAUGGCCGCAGCACAGUUUGCAAACCUGAUUGGACUGGGCAGGAUGGGUGGAAUAACUGCCCUCUUCCAGUCCCUCCUCCUCCGAGUGCCCUGAGACGGGGGCCUUCCACUCCUGGCCAGCGAGGUAGGCCAAAAUGAGCAUGACCUCCCUGGGGUGUCCUUUGAGACUCUAAAUACUUGUGCAAAUGUCCCUGUCCAUCAGUCAAAACCCCACCGCUGAAGAGUCCCAGCAAAGGGAAAAUUCGCUUCUUCACCGUACUCCUGACUCAGACCAACUGCGAUGCAUUAAAUUAUGUUUCUAGACUACGGGCUGUGAUGUUUUUGUCAGGGUGGCCCCAAAGCCAGACCUCCAGAUGUCCACCUUGGCAUAAAGACCUUAACUGAGUCCCGAAUAGCCUCAUCUAUGCCUGCUUGUCAGCCAUUGCCUUGUCCCUGCCACCUGAGGUGGGUGAAAAGAUGUGGGGUGGUGGAGCAGCAGCGUCCAGCCCUUCCCGGAGCAUUUCUCCCCUGAACCAGAGAAGUCCAGAGGAGGUGGGGGAGAGAAAAUUAGAUGUAGACAGGAGAGGAGUGGCUGAAUCACCAAGUUCCCAGCCUUGCUGGGGGAAGUCAAAGGGCAGGGGUUUGUGGAGAAGGAAGGGGUAGAGGAUGCAGAGUGGAGGCAGGAAUGAGCCAGUUGUCAGCAGCUCAUCUCUGAGAUGUUUGUCCCUUAAAGGAAGUGCAGAAGUCCAAUCAGGAACAAACCCACUCAGGUACACACUAUACUCAGUACCUGUCCAUUUGCUCAUACCACCAGCCAGGGCCACAGCUCUCAAAAGAGCUGGUAAACGGAGGCAAUCUGAGAAUCAUCCAGCUCUCUGAAUUCACCCAGGACUGUGUCGGAAGAGAUGGAUACAAUCCCUUUGUCAGGGACACCCUUUUCUGGGGUCUUCCCUACCCAAGUGCAUGGUGCUGUGGGCACCUGCUCUGAGCCCGAAUGUGUGUGGUCUCCUCUGUCCACAUUCCACCCACACAAGGGAGGAAAACACUGCACCUGGUUUUGAUUUACUUUUUUUGUUUUUAGAUCAUUAAAUUCCAAUAAACAAUAAAUUAUCUAUAAAAUAACCAGUUAACCACCUGUUAGCACUGAGUUCAUUUUGACCAGUUAUUUGAAGAAAUGUGUGUACACAGGGGUAACCCCACAGUGUGUACCUGUGUAAAGCUGGAGGCAUACACACACGCACACACUCAUAUGGAUAUACUGUUGUGGUUGUCAUCACUAAUCUAUGUUACACAUGCACACACACUUAUGCAUUCAUAGGUUCAUGUGUGUGACAAUGUUAUUGGUUGUAUGUCAGCCCCCAAAUCACGGUGUGAUUGACUUUAGUUGCUGGAGGACAUGAAAGCUGUAAUUCCCAUUUAAAAGACAAUUAUAUCCCUUGUUUCACAUCC